AUGUCUCUUAUGCGAAACCCUAGAUUCACCUCUCUUCUUAAAUGGGUAUCACAAGUUUCUGCAGAAGCUAAAACCUUUAUGCCCCAGAUUCCGGGAACUGGGUUUCAUCUUCCUUUUACCUUAAAUCCUAGGUCUUUCGCCACCGUCGGUUCCGGCAAGAAACUGAGUGCUAGAACCGGAAUUGAGAAUCGUGAAAAGGCCCAGGCUGCGAUGUUGGAUUACUUCUAUAUCACGAGGGGAUUGCAGUUUUUGGUCGCAGAGAGUAUGAGCAAAAAUGCUCCUCUCUUCAAUGAUAAACUCUUAGAGAAAGUGAAUUGUGAUGAUGCUGAUGCUGAUAUCGCUCGAUCGAUCACCAGGUUUCUACGGUUUCACCCCAUUAACGAAUUUGAGCCUUUCUUCGAGAGUUUAGGCCUGAAACCAUGGGAGUACAGUCAUCUGCUUCCCAGUGACAAGAUGUUCUUGAAGGAAGAUGCUUUUUUGCUUGAGAAUUACAAUACUUUUUGGAUCUAUGGAAUUGGACUCAAGCAGAUGGGGAAGAUCUUCAAGGAAGCUAGGGAGGUUUUCAGGUAUGAAACCGGGGUUUUAGCUUCCAAGAUUAAGGCUUAUGAGAAUUUGGGACUGACAAAAUCGUGUGUGUCGAAAAUCAUCGUUUGUAACCCGAGUAUCUUGAUUGGGAAUAUGAAUGAUGAACUGGUUAAGGUUUUUGAGAUGCUGAAAUCCAUAGGAAUUGGGGUUGAUUGGGUAGAUGAGAACUUGUCAGAGGAGGAGGAAUUUUAUGAUUGGAGCUCUAUUCAUAAAGUUUUAAGCUUGCUAAGAGAUCUCUUUUUCAAUAAUAAUGAGCUGUGUGAGUUAAUCAAGAAGCACCCAAGGCUUGUUUUUGAGGAUUCAGGGGAGUGGACUCUGUUUCUAGCUGGGUUUCUAACAAAGCUUGGGUCAUCUAGAAGUGAACUCUGUUCGUUUUUCCGUAAAUUCCCAGAAGUUCAGGCAAAGAAAUGCGUUUCGAAUCUAAGGCAUGGCUUCUUGUUCCUAAACCAGAUCAAGAUGGAGUGUGAUGAGAUCAGUAAGAUUUUCCGUUCUCACUCCUCAUGGCUUGGUGCUUGUCCUUUGAAGAAACCCAAAACCUUACUUGAUAGACUGAACGUUGGGACUAGGCGGCUUUGUCAAAUCAUUCAAGAAAACCCAGAGGAGAUGAAAAAUUGGACCAUGGGUUUAAAGGUCCAGCCACUGCCUAGUACCGGGGAAGAGGAAACGUCGAGAUUGAUGAAGACACAGUUCUUGUUGAACCUUGGAUAUAAGGAGAACUCAGAGGAUAUGGAGAGAGCGGUGAAGAAAUUCCGUGGAAGAGGAUCAGAACUCCAACAAAGAUUCGAUUUCCUUGUGAGUUUGGGUCUAAACGAGAAGGAUGUCAGAUGUAUGGUGAAUGCCUUCCCUCAGAUCCUAUGUCAAACAUCUGAUCUUCUAGAAGCAAAGGUUGACUACAUUGUCAAGGAACUAGGCUAUCCGCUUUCGACCUUUGUGGCUUUCCCUUCGUGUCUUGUGUUUACUCUCCAGCGGAUGAAGCUCAGAUUAGGGAUGAUUCCGUGUCUUAAAGGCAGAGUAAAGGCAAUGAGCAGUUUACUUGCGUGCUCAGACCAACAUUUUGUGUCUCACUAUGUAAACCGCCACCCCGAUGGGCCUAAGCAUUGGGAGGAUUUGAAGAAACAGAUUCUUUACGAGUAGAAGAACUAGUUUCCUUGAUUUUUUUGUGGUCAAGAUAAACAAGAACAAAGCAUCAAGAUAUAGGAUUCACCACGUAAAUGCAAAUGAGCUUCAAGACAUUGAGCAACAACUAUAAUUCAUUGCUUCGAGCUGGGGACCUUGAGGAUAUAUUUUGUCGUGGGCUGAAUAUGAUGGGACUAGAUUAGAUUAUUAUUACUCCGAGUUGCGGAGUUGGAGCAGCUAAGCUACAAGUCAUGCUCGUCCGUGGCUCGUUUUACUCCAAUCUCUCUGCAUUCUCGGUUUUCGGUUCCCUGAGCAGGCGUUGGACACAUCCGGAAGAACAAAAGACUGUGUCGAAGCCAUUGAAAACUAUUGGGAAAGGACAACGACGCUUGCAUCCACUACAAAUAGGUCGGGAGAGAGAAUUGUUGAGAAGAAUCUGACACUCUAGCCCUUGGAUCGUAGUGGUGUGUACACCAGGUUUCAUGUUAAUGUCUUCCCCAAGUGCACAUUUAACAUGAAGAGCUAGGCAGCAUUCGUCGCAUUUAAAGAA